UCUCUCUCUUAUUUAUUUCCAGAACCUCCGACAGUCUGUCCCCCUCUCUCUCUCUCUCUCUCUCUCUCUCUCUCUCCGCCGCUAACCAGGGCAACUCUGCUUCGGUGAUGAGCGCGCCGCGCCACCGCCGACAUCCUUCGACGGCCGCCUUGACGGCCCUCGCUCUCUUGCUGUUCGCCUCCGCGUCCGCCGCCAUCUCCGUCACGCGACAGCUCGUGACGACGACGACGACGACGACGACCAAGAACCCGAGAGCCGCCGGCGGAGGCACCCGCAAGAUCGCCCACAAUUCUUGGCCGCUGGCGGAGCCGACGGCCCGGAGGCGGCUCCUGGCGGGCCCCGGGUCGUCGCCGCCGACGUGCAGGGCCAAGUGCGGGCGCUGCUCGCCGUGCAAGCCGGUGCACGUGCCGAUCCACCCCGGCCUGAGCCUGCCGCUCGAGUACUACCCGGAGGCCUGGCGAUGCAAGUGUGGGAGCAAGCUCUUCAUGCCUUGAUCGUCGUCAGUCGGAGAAAAAUCAAGAAGAAGAAGAAGAAGAAGAAGAAGACGAAGCCCCGAUGAUGAUACUGUUGAAAGUGAAACAAGCGACGUCGUGUUGAUGUUCUUGUUCUUUCUUCCGCAUUUUGGAUUACUAUUUGGCGGUUAGCUCGUUUGCUCUCUUUUCUUGGGUUUCGCUCGUUUGCGUACAUAUCAUGAUGAUUGAUUUUUUUUUGGGGGGAGGGGGGGAUGGUGAUGAUUAUGAGGAAAGCAAAGCUGGGGAGUUGUUGGGAUUAUAGCUUAUUUAGCUCUCACUCUGAGUCUCGUCUGAACUAGAGAGAGAGUGAGACUCUCUCAUUCAUAGUUUCUCUCUCUUCUGUUCCUUUUUUUUGUUUUUUGGGUGGAGGUGGGUUCUGACUUUGCAUUAAGAAGGUGGGGGUGCGAGGUUAUAAUUAUGGGACAAAAUGAAAAGCACAGAGACAUGUAAUUAU